CCUAUCACAUUUAAGGGACUACGAUAAGAAAGGCCGAGAGACUACAUAAGCGCCGCGAACGUCAACACAAACCAUAGUAUUUCAUUCACUUCCUCCCAUAUUUUGUUCCUCGGCUCAGAACCGAAUUAGAUUUGGAGAUAAGAAGAUAAAAAUGCAGCCACAGGUCGCCCAGCUACGAUGUCUUCAGCGGCUCUACAGGAGUGCCAGGCCUCUUGUCGGUCUCUGCUCGAAGCCGGAGCGGCGACGCCUACACUGGGGGCAGAAGGAAGACCCCUUCACUGUUGUCACGGAAGGAAUGGUCGAUCUCGCACGCAGAAUCAAGGGGAAUUCGCCCUUCGCUUAUUCCGUCCAUAACAGCCUCCUCCUCCAUGGUCGAGGUCAUGCUCGGGAAUGCACUUUCUACACCUUGAGAGAUCACCCCGAUUCCCAUGUUGUUAUGUGGCGGUAUUUGCAACCGUCGAACACCUUGCUGGCCGUCCACUGUCGGAGGAGGAGGUCCCCCUGCUGA